AUGGACAUCUCAGCGAAGCGUCUGCAGCCGUCGUUGGAGUUGUCGCCGCCGCUGCGCUCCUCGCGGAUCCGGGGCCAGCGUCUCCCGCCGGCUCACCGCCCAGUGCCCCUGGGAGGAAAUCUUUUAGUGCCGCCCCCCCCCCCCCCAAAUAAGAUGGCCUUUGUGCUUGGUGUUUCUGUGUUUUUGCAGCGCUCUGGCAUUCAUUCGAAAGGAGAUGACUUAUCGACAGCUAUCCUUAAGCAGAAGAACCGUCCCAAUCGGCUAAUUGUGGAUGAAGCCAUCAAUGAGGACAACAGUGUGGUGUCCUUGUCCCAGCCCAAGAUGGAUGAGCUGCAGUUGUUCCGCGGUGACACGGUGUUGCUGAAAGGAAAGAAGAGGCGGGAAGCUGUCUGCAUCGUCCUUUCCGACGACACGUGUUCUGAUGAGAAGAUUCGCAUGAAUAGAGUUGUUCGGAAUAAUCUGCGUGUUCGCCUGGGGGAUGUCAUCAGCAUCCAGCCGUGCCCUGACGUGAAGUACGGCAAACGCAUCCACGUGCUGCCCAUUGAUGACACAGUGGAAGGCAUCACCGGCAACCUCUUUGAGGUAUACCUUAAGCCAUACUUCCUGGAGGCUUACCGACCCAUCCGGAAAGGAGACAUUUUUCUUGUGCGGGGUGGAAUGCGUGCUGUGGAGUUCAAAGUGGUGGAGACGGAUCCCAGCCCUUACUGCAUUGUUGCUCCAGACACAGUGAUCCACUGUGAAGGGGAGCCCAUCAAACGAGAGGAUGAGGAGGAGUCCUUGAACGAGGUAGGCUAUGACGACAUCGGCGGCUGCAGGAAGCAGCUGGCGCAGAUAAAGGAGAUGGUGGAGCUGCCCCUGCGACACCCCGCCCUCUUUAAGGCCAUUGGUGUCAAGCCUCCUCGGGGAAUCCUGCUCUAUGGGCCUCCUGGGACAGGGAAGACCCUGAUUGCUCGAGCUGUGGCAAAUGAGACUGGAGCCUUCUUCUUCUUGAUCAAUGGUCCUGAGAUAAUGAGCAAAUUGGCUGGUGAGUCUGAGAGCAACCUCCGUAAAGCCUUUGAGGAGGCCGAGAAGAACGCCCCUGCUAUCAUCUUCAUUGAUGAGCUGGAUGCCAUUGCUCCCAAAAGAGAGAAGACUCACGGCGAGGUGGAGCGCCGGAUCGUAUCACAGUUGUUGACGCUCAUGGACGGCCUGAAGCAGAGAGCACACGUCAUCGUCAUGGCAGCAACCAACAGACCCAACAGCAUCGACCCAGCCCUGCGACGAUUUGGCCGCUUUGACAGGGAGGUGGAUAUUGGGAUCCCUGAUGCCACAGGGCGCUUGGAAAUUCUGCAGAUCCACACCAAGAACAUGAAGCUGGCCGACGAUGUGGACCUGGAACAGGUGGCCAACGAGACUCACGGGCACGUGGGUGCCGACUUGGCCGCGCUGUGCUCGGAGGCUGCGCUGCAGGCCAUUCGUAAGAAGAUGGAUCUCAUUGACCUAGAAGAUGAGACCAUUGAUGCUGAGGUCAUGAACUCGCUGGCCGUCACUAUGGAUGACUUCCGGUGGGCCCUAAGCCAGAGCAACCCAUCAGCGCUGCGGGAAACCGUGGUGGAGGUACCCCAGGUGACGUGGGAGGACAUCGGGGGCCUGGAGGAUGUCAAACGUGAGCUCCAGGAGCUGGUGCAGUAUCCUGUGGAACACCCAGACAAGUUCCUCAAGUUCGGCAUGACACCGUCCAAGGGAGUACUGUUUUACGGACCUCCUGGCUGUGGGAAGACCUUGCUGGCCAAAGCCAUUGCCAAUGAGUGCCAGGCCAAUUUCAUCUCCAUCAAGGGUCCUGAACUGCUCACCAUGUGGUUUGGGGAGUCUGAGGCCAAUGUCAGAGAAAUCUUUGAUAAGGCUCGCCAAGCUGCCCCCUGUGUACUGUUCUUUGACGAGCUGGAUUCGAUUGCCAAGGCCCGUGGUGGGAACAUUGGAGAUGGGGGUGGGGCUGCUGACCGAGUCAUCAACCAGAUCCUAACAGAAAUGGACGGUAUGUCCACAAAGAAGAACGUGUUCAUCAUUGGCGCCACCAACCGGCCUGACAUCAUCGACCCUGCCAUCCUGCGGCCCGGCCGCCUCGAUCAGCUCAUCUACAUCCCGCUUCCUGAUGAGAAGUCCCGGGUCGCCAUCCUCAAGGCCAACCUGCGCAAGUCCCCAGUUGCCAAGGACGUGGAUUUGGAAUUCCUGGCUAAGAUGACUAAUGGCUUCUCUGGAGCUGACCUGACGGAGAUUUGCCAGCGAGCUUGCAAGCUGGCCAUUCGUGAAUCCAUUGAGAGUGAGAUCAGGCGGGAACGGGAGAGGCAGACCAAUCCAUCAGCCAUGGAGGUGGAAGAGGAUGACCCAGUGCCUGAGAUCCGCCGAGACCACUUUGAGGAGGCCAUGCGUUUUGCCCGGCGCUCCGUCAGUGACAAUGACAUCCGCAAGUACGAGAUGUUUGCCCAGACCCUUCAGCAGAGCCGGGGCUUCGGCAGCUUCAGAUUCCCCUCCGGGAACCAGGGCGGAGCCGGCCCCAGUCAGGGCAGUGGUGGCGGCACCGGGGGCAGCGUGUACACAGAGGACAACGACGACGACCUGUACGGCUAAGUGGCAGCGGCCGGCGAGCUGGCCGGCUGAGCCUGUUCCCUCGGGUGGGGGCGCUCCCCCAGGAGGGACCGGGGUGCGCCCACGGCCUGCUCCACUCCGCAGUCUGAACAGUUCAGCUCCAGUCAGACUCUGGAUGGGAUUUCUGUUGCAAAAAAGUAGAAACCAAAAGCGAUACAAUAAAGCGAGUUUCCUUUGGGAGGCGGGGAGUGAAUUACCGCAGGGAACGGGCCGCGGGCCUGCGCCAUUUCGGUUGUAGUGCAGGGACCUGUGUGGGCUGUGAACCCCGGCACCGCCGCGCCCCACAGCAAAGCAUCCACACUGCACUCAAGGGGGCCCGAGCCUCCCUUCUCCCCCUGCCCAGCCCGGGCAGGAGGGUGAGGGGCCACAGUUGCUGGAUGUUUGUAUAGAGGGUAGGUUGAUUUUAUUUUACAUGCUUUUGAGUUAAAUGUCGGAAAACUAAUCACAAACAGUUUCUAAACCAAAAAUGACAUGUUGUAAAAGGACAAUAAACGUUGGGUCAAAAUGGA